GGAUAUGACGCCACCACUAUGACCUACGACUUCCUUGUGUUUGGCGGGAGUUGCAAGUAACAAGGAAGUGAUUCGUGUGCCAUGUACGGUUGAAGGCAAAACAAGAAGAAAACAAAUAAGAGAAACAAUGUCAGCCGCAGAUGAUAAUAAUAAUAACGACGACGAAACCGCACAGACGAACGACUGGAAAAACACGAGAGAAGCUGCAGAAAAGUUCCGUCAAUUACUACUUUGCUCAAAAUGCUCAAAUGUCAUGCAGGAUCCAGUGUGUCUAGGUUUGUGUGAACAUGUGCUGUGCAGGUCCUGCGCCGGUCCCCGGGCUGGUGAUGGCUGCGUGGUGUGUCGUAGCCCUGCGUGGGUGAAGGACAUCCAAAUCAACAGACAGCUGAGCAGCAUUAUACAGCUCUUCUGUGGCUUGGAGUCCCUGCUCAAUCCCACCGAGCAGCCAGACUCCUCUGCGGCCGAAGCCCCUUCUGAACCUGAAAACCACGUCUUAAACAAGAAGAACUUUAAAAUCUGGUUCAGUCCUCGCAGCCACAAAGUACGCUGUGCAGUGGAGAAGCUAUCGGAGGUCACCUUGCCGGUCGACACGUCUCUGGCAGCUCAGUCAGAAACCAUUACAGCUCAGCAACAGGACCUGUCAAUUUUCAAUUUCACCUCGUCCUCACAAGACUCAGGUUCUUCUUCUCAAGGAUGCAACGGUGGCAACAGAACAGGGAAAAAGAGGUCAACUAAGAAAACUGCAGCCAGCAGGAAGUCAAUGGUGCAGCGAACAACUGGGGCCGCAUGGAGACAGACCAAGCAAAGGAUAAAGAAGCAGAGGCUGGAGGCCAUAAAUAAGCAAUGGGGGCUCUCCAAAGAGGUGGAAGCCUUGAAGGGACCGGAGCAGAGCUGUGCUGAAAGGGCAAAGAGAAAGAGUAAAAGGGUUUCAUUCCUGAGCCCUGCUGUUACCGCUGACGAGCUUCAGUCUGAAGUGCCACAGGAGAGCGCUAAUGACCUCAGCCCUGGCAGGAGCACCACGAUGGAGAGCCCCUCAGGAGAUGGAGAACCAAAUUACCAACCACCAGCCAUGUUGGCCAGCGUCCUCCAGCAAAACACACACUCUGUGGACGACCUGCAGCCAAACACUGGGCCAGAUAAACAACGCGGUGCGUCUCCUUCAAAGAGUUCAUCUGAGAUGAGCUCGCCAGUGGAUCGUUCUGGAAACCUGGAGACCACACCAAAACGACCCAAGGUCUCAUCAGGCCGGAGCAGAAAAUCAUUACAUCAGAUAUCACCCCGAGUUCUGGCCAGCCCCGGGAACUUUGGGAGGAGUGAUGCAACGGUCAGAGAGGAGCCUGGACAGAGCCCCUCAGUCGACAGAACCCUCCUCUCACCACAUGGACGACCAAGCACAGGCAGCCCCGCGGUUAUGAAGAGGAACCACAAGGGAGAGACCCCGCUGCAUCUAGCUGCUAUUAAGGGAGAUGUAAACGCCGUCAAAGAGCUGCUGGACCAGGGCGCUGACCCCAACCUGAAGGACAACGCCGGCUGGACUCCUCUGCAUGAAGCCUGUAACCUGGGUCACCUGGCUGUAGUGGAGGCUCUGGCGUCAAAGGGAGCGCUGCUCAACACCCCUGGCUAUAAGAACGACUCUCCGCUGCACGACGCGGUGAUGAACGGUCAUUCUGCUGUCGUCAAACUGCUGCUGCGACUCGGAGCGUCCCAGAGCGUCCUUAAUCUGCACGGGAAACAUCCUGCAGAUUAUGCUUACGGCCCGGAGAUGCUGGAGAUUUUCCAGGAAGCUGCAGCAGAAGGAAAACAACCUGCAAAUGCAUCUUUUAGCCCCUCAGCCAGCCUCUCAGUGACGAGCGACUGUGUGAGAAGAGAUGAAGAGCUGGUGUUUCUGGCCAGCACGUUGUCUCAGCGAGCCCAGGCUCAGCUGGAUGAACUGGGGCAGCUGUUGGGAGCCAGGAGGGUGGACACCUUUUCUGCUGCAGUGAGCCAUGUGGUGGUGCCAGGACACAUGCCCACCACCUUGUCUGCCCUCCUGGGUCUCCUGUCUGGAUGCUGGAUUGUCAGAUUCAGCUGGGUGGAGACUUGUCUGCAGGCCGGGAAAUGGACGCCUGAAACGGAGCAUGAAGCAGGAGAAGGCCCCCAGCGCAGUCGCAUCAACAAGUACAGCUUGCUCCCGCCACUUUUCGACGGCUGUUUCUUCUUCCUCCUGGGAUCGUUCAAGGCACCGACCAAAGACGACCUCACCAAGCUUCUGCGAGAAGGAGGAGGUCAGAUCCUGACCCGACAGCCCAAGCCCGAUAGCGAUGUGACUCAAACGCUCAGUGCUGCCGCCUACCACGCCCUGCCGGGUACUGACCAGGCCCUGUGUACCCAGUAUAUCAUCUACGACCCACGGGGUCCACACAAGCCCACGCUGGUCAGAAGAGGCAAGGUUUGGUCAGCACCCGUCACCUGGAUCAUUGACUGCGUCGCUGCCUUCCAGCUCCUCCCUGUGCCGGAGCCACACAUACUGAGUUAAACAGCAUUAAAAAAAACAACUAAUCAUG